AUGUUUGCGCCCUUUUUACCCUCGAUUUUUGCCCCACUCUUUUUUGCGCAAAUGACAAGCAAGUCCUUCUAUGGGUAUACCAAGGGAGAGUGGGUGAGCUUGGUUGUUGGCUAUUUUAUCUUUUUCGUUUUUGGAGCUGUGGAAGCAUCCGAGGGAGUCUAUUAUGGUUUGAUGAAAACGGAAUUGGAAAUACCGUACAAUAUUCAGGGAUACCUUGUUUCUGCUGGUUCAUGGUCGUUCAUUAUCGGCUCUCCGCUAUUGGGCAUUCUAAUGUCUUAUACAGAUGUGAAACCAAUCCUUGUCGGUGCGUUCGUUUCCUAUUUCGUAGCAUAUUGUAUUCUCUACAAUGUGAGCGUGCUUUGGGUUGUUUUCAUUUUGCUUUUUAUUGAAGGACUUGGAGGAGUGGGACUCGAUGUUGGGAUGAAUACUCUGUCCACUGUUUUGUUUUCCUCCCACCGAGGUGUUAUGAUGAGCUAUCUGCACUUCUUUUAUGGGAUGGGUAGCAUGGUGGGGCCCGAGUAUGCAAGUAUUAUGUUGUCUUUUUGGGACCGGGGGUAUCGUGGGAUCUUUUUGGGGUUGAUGAUUCCAGUGGUGCUUGGCGUUGUGGUCACUUUGUUGUCCCAUCUGUCAUUGAAAGAAAAAGAGCCCCUUCCAGCUAAGGAAGGUUCAAUCAAGGAAUCAAGUGUUGAUUCAGCAGACAAGGGAGCGAAAUCUGCGUUGAGCAGUUCUCUUGAUUCCGAAGUUCAAGUGCAAGCGCCAGAGCGAGCGCAAGUGCAAGCGCAAGUUCAAGCACAAUCUCAAACCCAAGACCAAGCAAACAAUCCAAAGGCAGAGCUGCCCUUGUCGAAGGCUGAUUCCUUGAGUGUGGAUAUCGAAAAUUCUCCUGUUCCUGCGUACAGCCAUAGCAGCGUGUGGAAGAGCUUCCUAUCACCCAUGGUGUGGAUAUUGGGUCUGAACAUGGGCGCUGUGUAUGCGAUCGAAUCGAUCACGGUGAAUUGGGGUCCGUUGUAUCUCCAUGACUUGUAUGGAAUGAAGAUCGAAGAAGAAGGCUCGCGGUUUCUCUCGUUGUUCUAUUUGUUCUACACAGUGACUCGGCUGGGAGUCGGCUUCAUUAUCGACUUUUUCGGCGACAUUACGAGCAUGAUUGGGUUUAACGUGGUGUUAAUUGUGCUGUAUCUCGUGGCGUUCUCGUUGGGUCAAAAGGGUGUGUGGUUAUUGGCAGGGUCGGGCCUGCUGAUCUCUCCCUUUUAUCCCACGUCGAUCACAGUUCCGAUGCAAGUGUUUGGCGAAAAUGCACAGAACACGAUUAGCGUGAUUCUGUGCAUUGCCUGUAUGGUGAAUCUGCUGAUCCAAGUGCUGAUGGGGCACAUAAACAAUUCGUUCGGUGCUGCGUGGGGCUAUCGCAUUCUGGCGAUCGCGAUGUGCGUGAUGAUGAUCGUCUGCCUGUCCAUCGCGAACUAUUCGCUCCGCCGAUCAGCCAGGAAGGCGACAAUCCACAAAAGCAACGAUACGAGAAAGAAGGAAGCAGAAAACGAAAAAGAGGAAGCUGUGAAGAAGAGCGAACCGCUCGCCGCAUAAGCUUCCACUCACACAAAGACCAAAAUCGAUCUUUCGAGUCGAUGUGUCUCUAUUCGAAACGUGUAAACGCGUUCCUCCGUGUUGUUCACAACACUCCC